AUGUCACCUCUGGAAUGUCCUGAGUGUUUUGGUGACCAGCUCCUGCAUAGAACCUACACCUGGCACCUCACUUUGCACUCAACACCAAAUUUUAUAAGAAAAAGAGAUACCAGAUCUGAAAUCCUACAAAUUCCAAUCAACGUGGUUCUACCUCAGCGGGGCUCCGCCGAGCCCUUCCUCAGACUGCACAGCCUGUACAGCACGCCGCGCUGCUCCCGGCAGGCCGCGCUGCCCCGCGUGGGCCGCAGGGUGGCCAGCCAGCACUCGUACCCGCUCAACCGCUUCUCCUCGGUGCCCUGCGACCCCAUGGAGCGGCCCACGUCCCAGGCCGACCUGGAGCUCGACUACAACCCCCCGCGGGUGCAGCUCAGCGACGAGAUGUUCGUGUUCCAGGACGGGCGCUGGGUGAACGAGAGCUGCCGCCUGCAGUCGCCGUACUUCUCGCCCUCGGCCUCCUUCCACCAUAAGCUGCACCACAAGCGGCUGGCCAAGGAGUACCUGCUGCAGGAGGAGAACAAGACGCUGCGCGACGAGAACCGCGCGCUGCGCCACGAGAACCGCGCGCUGCGCAAGGAGAACACCAUCCUGCAGGUCUUCUGGGAGGACCACAAGGUCGCCGCGGGCCGCGAGGACAGCCGCAGCUCGUCGCCGCUGCUGCACAAGGACGCGGCCUCCCAGGAGGCGGUGAAGAAGGACCCCGCGGCCCUGCCCGUGCAGCGCAGCAAGGAGAACGCCCUGCAGCUGCUCCGGGAGGAGAACCGCGCCCUGCAGCAGCUGCUGGAGCAGAGGCAGACCUACUGGGCCCAGGCCGAGGACAAGGCCGCCGCCCUCGAGGACGGCAAGCCGGCCCCCUCGGCCCAGGAGGAGCCCCACAGCCCCGGCCUCCUGGCCGACCAGGGCCCGGGCCUCGCCGCGGCCUUCGAGGAGCCCAAAGGGCCCUCCACCCCGCAGGAGGACGUCAAGACGCUGCGCGUCCUGCGGGAGAUGGUGGGCGGGCUGUCUGGCGGCCCCGGGGAGGACGAGGGCAAGGUGGGCCCCUCCCUGGCCGACGGCGGCAAGCCCUUGCAGCUGCUGAGGGAGAUGAGCCAGGCGCUGCAGGCCCUGCGGGAGGAGAACCGGCUGCUGCAGGAGGAGAACCGCGCCCUGCACGUGCUGCGCGAGGAGCACCACGUCUUCCAGGAGGAGAACAAGGCCCUGUGGGAGAACAACAAGCUGAAGCUGCAGCAGCGGCUGGUCAUCGACACGGUGACCGAGGUCACGGCGCGGAUGGAGAUGCUCAUCGAAGAGCUGUACGCCUUCAUGCCCGCCAAGAGCAAGGAACCCAAGAAGCCCAGCAGGGUCUGA